UACAACUAAAAACAAGGAAUUCAUUAAUGGCUUCACCCCCACCGUUUUCAUAUGGCGUGAUGGGAGGACCUGUUACCGCCGCCGAAUUUGACACCACGCAACACUCGCAUCCUUCUUCCUCCAUUGACAAUGUCAAGCCAAGUUUAAUACUACUACUUUUGAUCCUUUCCGUAGCCCUGCUUGUUUCCGUCUCUCUUUGCCGCCUCCUCCACCGGCGUUGCUUGCGUCACCUCCCACCUUCAUCUACCUCCACUAUUACCGUCGGUUCCAGCCACCGCAUCAGUCCCGAACAAUCAUCCAUGACUUCGUUGCUCGAUUCUCUUCCUCUUUUUACAUUCUCUUCUAUUUCUCGCGGCUCCAACAACGGGGAUUGCGCGGUUUGUUUGUCGAAAUUCGAAGCGCAGGAUCAACUCAGGCUUCUCCCUCUUUGUUGCCACGCGUUCCACGCUCAUUGUAUCGACACUUGGCUCACUUCCAACCAAACUUGUCCUUUAUGCCGCUCUCAGCCCUUUGCUUCCGACUCCCAUCUCAGGAAGGUUUUGCUUCAGUCUUCCAAUACUUCAAGUGCGAUUGGAAUUGGCGGCAGCGACAGUUUCCGGCUCGAGAUUGGCUCUAUCAGUCGCCGUCAUCCAGGCUCCGACUCCGGCGAGCAGAGAAGGUCUUAUUCCAUCGGCGCUUUCGAUUAUAUCAUCGAGGAAGAAUCGGAGGUGAGUAGAAAUCAAACGCAUCGAAACGUGACCGACAAGGAAGCGAGUCUCCCGGCAGAUGUUAGUACUGGAAGGAGUUGGCUCAAGGAAUACGAUAGGCUGUCGUUUUAUUUAUCGUCUCGUGCGUCGUCCUUUCGUAGCUCAGGAAGGUACUUAAUGGGGAGCAGUCGCCGAAGCGGUAGUAUCUCCUCCGUUACCGGAGAUUACGACGUGGAAGCCAAUCGCAUUGGCGAGGAGAUCAGCGAAAUGUUUCGUUGGUUCUCAGAGAUAUGAAUCCAGGUAAGUGAAGCCACCUCUUCUUUUACCGUUUGAUCUGCUGUAGAAUAGCGCAGGGAAAUAUUGCGUACGUUUAUGAUAUGAUUCCACAUUUCAUCUUGAAUUUCUAACGGGAUUUUACUCUGGAGUAGGAUACUAAUUCUUUUAUUGGUACUACUUGGCGGGGUCGGUAAUUUUCAUAUACAUUCUAUAUAUUACUAAUAUCAGUACUAUAUAUUUACAUUUUCUUUUGUACAUAUAAGCUAAAUUGUCACAUUUUAUAUAUGGUGAAAUAA